AUGGCGAUGAAUAGAAAAUCGGAGAAAUUUUAUGCUGAUUUUGUUAUGGGAGGGACGGCAGCGGUGGUUUCCAAGUCUGCUGCGGCACCAAUCGAGCGUGUGAAGCUUUUGUUGCAGAAUCAAGGUGAAUUGAUUAAGAGAGGGCAGUUGAGAAGACCCUAUGUGGGCAUUGGGGAUUGCUUCAGCCGGGUUUUGAAAGAAGAAGGCUUUUUGUCAUUUUGGAGAGGUAACCAGGCCAAUGUCAUUCGCUAUUUCCCAACUCAGGCUUUCAACUUUGCAUUUAAAGGUUACUUCAAAGGCUUAUUGGGACAGUCGAAGGAGAAAGAUGGAUACACAAAGUGGUUUAUCGGGAAUGUCGCUUCAGGUAGUGCUGCUGGAGCCACUACAUCGUUGCUUCUCUACCACUUGGAUUAUGCACGUACCCGUCUGGGGACUGAUUCAAGGGGAUCCCGUCAGCGCCAGUUCAAAGGAUUACUUGAUGUGUACAGCAAAACUUGGUCAAGUGAUGGCAUUGUAGGGUUGUAUAGAGGAUUUGGGGUUUCAAUCAUUGGGAUAACACUGUAUAGAGGCAUGUACUUCGGGAUCUACGAUACCUUGAAGCCAAUUGUAUUGGUGGGAUCCCUGGAGGGAAGCUUUUUAGCCAGUUUCCUGUUAGGGUGGAGCAUCACUACCGUCUCAGGGGUCUGUGCAUACCCUUUUGACACCGUAAGGCGAAGAAUGAUGCUAACUUCUGGACAACCAAAUAAGUACCGCAAUGCUGUACACGCACUCCGUGAGAUCGUCCAUGUUGAAGGCUUUGCUGCUCUGUUUCGAGGAGUAACUGCAAAUAUGCUUCUUGGUGUUGCUGGUGCUGGAGUUCUUGCAGGUUACGAUCAGCUGCAGAGAGUUGCGCAUAAACGUGGCCAUAUGUUGGACCACCAAGGCCAAACUGUGCUCAAAUGA